AUGACGACAAUUACAAGUGAAGAUACAUCGAAUAAUAAUAGAAGUAGUACUAAUACAUCUCCUGCUUCAUUUAAUCUUGCUGGAGAAUCAACAUUAUUAACAACAACACCAGCAGCAGCAGCAACAACAGGAUCAUCAUCAUCAUCAUCUUUAUUAAUAUCAAAUCGUGAUCGAUGUCGUCGUUGUAAUCAACUUGUCUAUGUAACAGAACGUAUUGGUCCUGUUAAAGAUUCACUUUAUCAUAAAUUAUGUUUUAAAUGUUUAAAAUGUGAUCGUCAAUUAGAUUUUAAAACAUAUUUUACAAAUUCAAUUGAUUUAAAUGAUAAAGAAAUUUAUUGUCAAAGUCAUGUACCAAGAUCUGGUAAAGGCGUUUUUUCAACAGAAAAUAUACAUAUACAAAAUGUAAUGAAAGCUCCAAAAUUAAAUGUUAUGCAAAAACUUGAUGAUCGUCUUAGAAGUACUCAUAUUGAUUCACAAUCAGUUUCAAUAGCUCAUGCUAUGAAAGCUCAACAAAUGUUUGAACAAGGUCGAGAAAAAAUUUCUGCUAUACAUAAAUUUCCCGCAUUACCACCUGAUAUGUUACGUGCACGUGAAGAAGUACGUCGUGCACAAAAAUCUUUAGAAGAAAAACAACGUCAAGAAGAAGAUCAAUUAUUUCAUAAAUUUCAAAUUGAUCGUCAAUUAGAAGAAAAAAAAAUUGAACGUGAAGUAACAGAUGAAUGGGAAAAAAAAUUACAAAUGCUUACAACUAAAUAUGAAGAAGAUUUACAACGAAAAAAAGAUAAAAAUAUUGAACGUGAAUUAACACUUCGUUUUACAAAAGAAAAAGCUGAACUUGAACAAAAUAUGACAUUAAAACGUGAUAAAAAACGUGAAAUAAUUCGAAAACAAUUAAUGGAAAAAGAACAAGAAACAACACAUUCACUUGUUUCAAAAUUUAGUAAAGAAAUGAUUAAUUUAAUACAAGAAAAAGAAUUAGCAGUACUUACAGAAAAUGGUGUUGAUGAUCAACGUGCAACAUCAUUACAAUUACGUCAACCACCACCACCUCAACCUCCACGUCAUCAUAAACGUGAUCUAUAUCAAGAUCCAUCGAUAUUUGAACAUGUUGAUCAACAAGCUAUAGCUGUUGCUGAAAGUGAACAAACAUCUUAUACAGAAUUAGUCGAUCAAUUAACAUAUGGUUUAUUAACAGAUUUAGAAAAAGCAAGGGCAAUUUUCCGGUGGAUUACUGUCAAAGAUUUAAAUGCUAUUGAUUUUCAAAAUACUCUUGCUGCUGAUACACCUAUGGGUUUAUUACGUGGUAUAAAAUAUGGUACAGAAACUUAUCAUACAUUAUUUAUGCGUUUAUGCAGUUUUGCUGGUUUACAUUGUGUGGAUGUAAAAGGACAUUCAAAAAGUGUUGGUUAUGAACCAGGUAUGCAUAUAGCUGAAGGUAAAUUUACAAAUACAUGGAAUGCUGUUGUAAUUGAUGGUGAAUGGAGAUUUGUUCAAUGUAAUUGGGGUGCAAGACAUUUAGUAAUGAGUAAAGAUAAAAAAGAAGCUGAUAUGUCACCACCAAAACCAACAAGAGAAAAAAUUAAAUAUCAAUAUGAUGAACAUUAUUUUCUACCUGAUCCUGAAGAUUUUAUUCUUGAAUUUUUUCCAUAUAAAACCGAAUGGCAAUUACUUGAAAAAUCUAUAACAUUACAAGAAUUUGAACAAUUACCAUUUGUUCGUUCAUUAUUUUUUCAUUAUCAUUUAUCAUUUGUUAAUCAACGACAUGCUAUUAUACAAACAGAUAAUCGUGGUGCAUGUGAUAUUAAAUUACGUAUGCCGGAUUCAUUUAAACAACGUUUAGCAUUUCAUUUUCAUUUACGUUUUUCAAAUUCAUUAAAUAAUAUACAAACAGAAGAUUCAAAUGAUUUUCAAGGUGUUAAAUUAGAACGUUAUGUAUUACAUACAAUACAAGAUGAUCUUGUUUCAUUUAAUAUACAUUUACCACAAGAAGGAGAUUAUUUUAUUGAAAUAUUUGCAUCACUUGUGGAACCUGAUCCAAAUCCUUUUGGACAAAGUUUUAAAUUAAAAUGUGUAUGUAAAUAUCGUAUUGUAUGUAAACAAUUAACUCAAAGAAUGCAUCCACUUCCAACUUGUGCAUCAGGUGAAUGGGGUCCAGCUAAAGCUAUUCGUCAUUUUAAUAUUCAUCCAUUAACACAUUUUCAAGCUAUAUUUGAAACACAUCAUUUACCAAUUAUAAUUAAAUUUAAAUGUCCAAAACAACUUAAAUUUCAUGCUAAAUUAAAUUCAAAUCAAUAUUCAUCAAUUAAUAAUGAUAAUAAUAAUGUAUCAAAUUCAACAACAAAUACUCUAGAUAAAUAUAUUAAAUAUGAAUAUGAUGAAGAUAAUUUUAUUGUUACAUUUAUUAUACAAUUACCAAAUGAAGGACAAUAUGGUAUUGAUUUAUAUGCACGUGAUCCAGAAUAUCAAACAGAAAAACGAACAAUGUCACAUUGUUGUAAAUAUAUAAUUAAUUAUUCAAAAUCAACAAAUUUUGAUACAACAUCUCAUAAUAAUAAUAAUGAUUAUUUAUUUGAUCGUAUAAAAUCAAAUGGACAACAAAAACUUAUGUCACCACGUAGUAAUUCAAAUUUUCAUCAAACAGAACAAAAUCAUUCACCUCGUUCUUCAUCAUUACGAGAUACAAAUAAUUUAUCAAUACCUAUGCCUAAAAUAGGUGGAAAUUCAAAUUUACUUUCACUAUUUGGUAUGACUCCUAUAAGUCAUACUGAUUCAACAAUAACAUUAUAUUCAACAAAUUCUAUUGAAUUAUUAUUUCAAAUAUGUAAAAUGGUUGAUUUUUCAUUUGAUCUUAUAUAUCAUCAUACAUUAUCUGAUUUAUCAUCACGUACACCAUUAACAAAUUUAAAUCAACGUUUAAAUGCAUCAGAUUAUGUGACCAUUAAACCAAAUGGUGGUUUUAAUGUUAUAUUUGCAUUAAAUUUACCUAAACAAGGUGUUUAUACAUUUACAAUAUAUGCUGCAACAAUAAAUCCACGAAAUGAUGUACAAUUAAAUACACAUGGACAAACAGAAUUACCAGCUGUUUAUACAUAUUUAAUUCGAUAUGUUUAA